AUGACGGGAGCGAAGACGGGGCGCCCGCGUGUCCCGCGGGGCAGCGCGUCGGGACCCUCUCACGCCGCUCUCUCUGACCACCUCCUGCUUUGGGUUUCCUUUCAGAUCGAUGACAUCGCGGACGGCGCCGUGAAGCCGCCUCCGAACAAGUACCCCAUCUUCUUCUUCGGCACCCACGAGACCGCCUUCUUGGGCCCCAAAGACCUGUUCCCCUAUGAAAAGUAUAAGGACAAAUAUGGGAAGCCCAACAAGAGAAAAGGCUUCAACGAAGGCCUGUGGGAAAUCCAGAACAACCCUCACGCGAGUUACAGUGCCCCUGCGCCCGCCAGCUCCUCGGACAGCGACGUUCCCGAGAAUGACCCGAUGGGAGGGAGCGAUGCAGGCGACGAUGAGGAAGAUGCUGCCAUCGCUGCCGCCGCUGCAGGAAAAAUGGACAGCGAUGAGGACUCAGACCAGGGCAGCGAUCACAGCGCGCUCAAGCGAAAGUCCUUGGCUAUGAAAAUGCCGGUGACAAAACGGCCUCGGAAAUCUUCCAGCGACCUGGAUCAGGGCAGCCCCUCCCUGACAGAGGAAGAGAACUCGGACACGUCGUCUGAGUCGGAGAAAAACAGUGACCAGGACUUUACUCCCGAGAAGAAGCCGGUGGCCAGGGCUCCCCGGAGGAUGCCUGCAGGAGGGAGGAAGAAGAAGAAAGUGGAGUCKGGCUCCGACUCAGACUCCAAAGUGGAUUCGGACUCGGAGAUGGGAAAUGCAGCUGUGGACAUGACCAAGUCGGACUCCAACUCCGAUUCGGAUUCAGAUGUGUCUGUGAAGAAAGCUCCGCGGGGCAGGAAGCCAGCUGAGAAACCCCCUCCGAAGCCCCGCGGCAGGAAACCGAAGCCUGAACGUGUCCCCACCAGCUCCAGCAGCGACAGCGACAGCGACAGYGACGUGGACCGCAUCAGUGAGUGGAAGAGACGGGACGAAGAGCGGCGGCGGGAGCUGGAGGAGAAGAGGAAGAGGGAACAGGAGGAAGAGAUCCGUCGGCUCCGGGAGCAGGAGAAGGAGGAGAAAGAGAAGAGGAAGGAGAAGGCGGAGAAGGGCGAGGAGAUGCACUCGGACAGCGACAGCAGCGCUGACGAGGAGGUGGCCAAGAAGGGGCGGAAGGGCCGGACCAAGGCCCCCUCCUCCUCAGACUCCGAACUAGAGCUUGAAAAGGAGGUAAAGAAGCCGGCGAAGAAGCAGCCCUCGGAGUUGUCAAGGAAACCGAGCCAGAAGGAGAAGAGAGGCCGAGCGGAGGAGAAGGCGCGGAGCAAACCUCUCAAAGUGGAACGAGGCCGGAAGAAGUCUGACGUGAUCCCAGAAAGGAGGAUGGAGAAGAAAAAGGAGCCCACAGUUGAAGAGAAACUCCAGAAGCUUCACAGUGAGAUCAAGUUUGCCCUGAAGGUCGACAACCCGGACAUCAAGCGGUGCCUGAACGCGCUGGAGGAGCUGGGCUCGCUCCAGGUCACCUCUCACAUCCUGCAGAAACACACUGACGUGGUGGCCACCCUGAAGAAGAUCCGUCGCUAUAAAGCUAACAAGGACGUGAUGGAGAAGGCCGCYGAGGUCUACACCCGCUUGAAGUCGCGCGUCCUGGGACCAAAGAUGGAAGCGAUCCAGAAAGGCAGCAAAGCCGGGCCGGAGAAGGACAAGGGGGAUGCAGAGAAGGCUCCGGAGAAGUUAUCGGGUGGAGAGAURCGGAAUGAGAAGGGUGAAGAGGAGGCAAAUGCUGACUUGUCAGGCCCUGUCAACGGAGAGUCCUUGUCCCAGAAGGCGGACGGCGCCGAGGAGAAGGAGCGAGACAAAAGCCAAGGGGCCAGAGCGGGAGAGGCCGAGGCAGCCGCCGCCGAGACCCACAACAACACGCAGGACUCUGCGAGCGCCGCGGCCGCYGGGGACGCCGAGGAGAGCUGAGGCUGCGGCUGCCGCCGGGAGGACGUCGCCGCCGCCCGCGCAGGGACACCGGCCCUCGCCGAGUUCCUUCACUAAGUCACACAGUAGCUGAUGUCCUAGGUCUUGUCCCGUGCCCCAGCCCCUGCGAAAGCACCGAACUCGGGGGGAGGCUCUGCUGUUUGUCUGUAUUUGUCCCCUCGUUUGGUUUCUUUUUUUUUUCCUCUCUCCCACCUAAUUUCUUGUGAUUUCAACCGCCAUGAAAUGAAUAUAAAGUUUUUUUUUUUUAAUGAAAGGAAAUCCCUAGUGUCUGUUUCUUGAGGCAUUGCUGGCUGUGACGAGGGGAGGGCAGCAGGGACCCUUCCCUCCGCCCCGGCGUGGGGGGCCGGGACUGGAAGAAGCCCCAGGGCCUCUGUGCCCCCUGCUCCUUGGCCGUCCCCGAGUGGGGCAGAGGCAGCA